AUGGUGCCAGAAGUGCUGAACACACCUGAGAUGGCGAUUGAGUGUGCCAUCAGUAACCCUCGUACAGUGAAUGUUUCGGAAAUGUUUGCUCAACCAAGCAUAAAGGCGCUUCAACAAACCAAUCCUAUUUUGUACAAAACGCUAGAGGUUUUUGCGUAUGGAACCCUAAAAGACCUUCCUGAAGGGGUCAACUUACCUCCUGCUGCAUUGUCAAAAUUACGGCAACUUUCGUUGAUCAGCCUGGCAGCGAACAGCACAUCAAAUCGACAACUUCCGUAUGCGGAGGUGAUGCAAUUUCUUCGUUUGAAUUCUGUGCGCGAGCUGGAAGAUGUAGUUAUUGAUGCUAUCUAUAACAAGUUCAUCAAGGCACGCCUCGAUUCGAAAGGACAGUUCAUUGAGAUUGAUGACUGGGCGUCUCGCGAUACUCCCGCAGACACAAUUCCUGCUGUGAUUGCAUCUUUAAAUGAUUUCGCUCGACGUGUUGUGGACGUUCGAAACAACGCAGUUGAGGAUGCAAACAGGCGAGACGCUCAAGUGGUGGCUGACCGUAAACGGGUACAACAGGCUGAGGCGGAACUGGCAGCUGCGCGGAAAGCUCUCGAUGAGUCCAUGAUGGCAACCAUGAAUUCUCACGAACCAUCGACAUCAGUUCGGUCAAAAACAUCUCGUUCGGCACGACAGCGUCCAUCACAAGCAACUCCAACCAACAAGUAA